GAUGGCAGGCUAUGCACUCCAGCUUUCGGCAUUUAGAAGUUGUGUUUACACUGUAUGUCAGUGUUUUAGCAUGUAUUGCUAAAAAUUUAGAGCUGAAAUGGAUACAAAAAAGAAACAGUAUAAGGUUACAGCUUCAUCGCUGGUUGACCUGAAAGCGGAAUUAUAUCGGAAACAAGAGGAGUUUAAACAGGACCGACUUGGCCAAGAUGCAGGAGAUGCACAUACGCAGAAAAUAAAAAUUAAGAAGCCCAACAUCUGGAGUAAACAAAAUGAAGGAGUGAAUGCGCGAGCGCAGAAGGACGUUCAGCAGACCACAGAGGAAGAACUCACUUUAGAUAAAUCCAGGCAGAAAUUAGAAGAAAAGGCACGUCUCUAUGAGCAGAUGACAAAAGGAGAUUUCCCAGAUGAGGAGACUGAAAGUCUUUACCUAGUGGACUUUACCCAGAAGAUUAUCAACCGGAGGAAUGAGACACAUGAAGCAGAGGACCGAUACGGGAGGGGUGCUGAUGUGAACAUCCCUAUCCCACCCCCACAGAACGCAGAUGAGGAAUGGGUGGAUUAUGUUGAUGCUUUAGGACGUUCCCGAAGAUGUCUGAAAAAAGAUCUACCAGAUUUUCAGAAAAUGGACCAAGAUCUCCAGAGCAAGAGGGUGACUGGAACUGACAGGACUCUGUUAUCUGAUGACAUGAGGAGAGAAAUGCAAAGAGAAGAGUGGGAGAGAGAGGAGGAGGAACAGAUGAAUAAACCUGUCGGACCCAUUCACUAUGAGGAUAUCAGAAAACAAGAGGCCAGAGAGCUCGGUGUCGGAUAUUUUGCUUUUUCUCAGGAUGAAGAGCAACGCAGGAAACAGCGAGAGGCUCUAGAUAUGCUGAGAGACCAGACAACAGAGCAGCGCAGCAAACGAGAGCAAUUGAAGGAAAAGCGGAAAGCUAUGCUUCAAGCUCGGUUAGCUAAAGUGAGGAUGAGGAGGAUGAAGAAAGGCAAGCUGGAGCCCGGAGCUGAAGACGAUGCGUCUGUUGCCGAUGGUGCUGAGAAUGACGAAGACGAUGAUGAAGAAGCUUUAAUUGGACCUCCAGCCCCUACCACGGUACCAAAAGUGGAGGUGGAGAUCCAGGAGAGGAAAGACACUAAACCUGGGAUUCCACAUGUUCGAGAGUGGGACAGAGGCAAAGAGUUCUCAUGGGGUCAGUGGACAAGUCGCCGUCGAGAGGAGCGAGAUACAGAGUUCGCGCCUCCCUCUGCUUACUUCACAGACGGCAGGAAGGCCAAUCACAGCCGAGCUCCAGAAAAGGGGCAGGGCAAAGCAAAACAUUCCUUUAAUAAUUGGUCCGAAUCACAGAGGGUGCCCGAAAACGACACAGGCGACAUACCCGCCCCUACACAUGCUUUUAAUACAUCCACAUUUACAGAAACUCAACAUAAGCAACAACCACAACCAGAGGCUGCUCACACACAAAGUCUGGAUGACCUUUUGUCCUACUACAAACACUCCACCUGAGCUGAAAACUCUUUUAAUGGCCCACGAAUAUAAUUUGGAAGUGGUUGGCUAGGUUGCAUUUUGAAUUUGAUUAAUCUUUGAUUCCUUUGCUGUAUAUUGUUGCAGGACCUUUUUUUUUAGGUAUGCAGCCUCCCUGGGAAUAAUUUAUUAUGUUUAAUUUGACAUGGAUGCUACUAUUUAAGUAGAUGAAUAUAAUUCCAAAUAAAAACAUAUUUUGCUUUUCA